GAAGUUGGGCGGAAGUGGUCCGGUGCGCUUUACUUCCGACUCCAGACGGCUGUAUGAGGUUCCUGGGCCAUAGUGGAUUCUGCUUCUUAGUGAGAUUGUCAGUAGAGCCCUCUCUCUGUCAGAGGGGCCGAGGGGUGAGGUGCAUGGUCCUCCGAGUCCUAGUCGGUGUGCUGAGGAGAGACUGACAGGAGAGUAGGGAGUUCUCUGCGGAGGGCCCCGCGCUCACUUCCGGUGGUGCAUAGAAACUCCUUUGGAACCCGCGAGCAUGCCGGCGCCUGUGGUUGAGGCUUUUCUGUUCCCGCAGCAGCGGUGCUGAGAGAAGUGGGAGCCUUGAAAAAUUAAAUAGUGCUUCCUAGAACCAUCAAGAAGGAGAAUGUCUGUGACACUGCAUACAGAUGUGGGAGAUAUCAAGAUAGAAGUCUUCUGUGAGAGAACACCCAAAACAUGUGAGAAUUUCUUGGCUCUUUGUGCCAGUAAUUACUACAACGGCUGUGUGUUUCAUAGAAAUAUCAAGGGCUUCAUGGUUCAAACAGGAGAUCCAACAGGUACUGGAAGAGGAGGUAGCAGUAUAUGGGGCAAGAAGUUUGAGGAUGAAUACAGUGAAUAUCUGAAGCACAAUGUUCGAGGCGUUGUAUCUAUGGCUAAUAAUGGCCCAAAUACCAAUGGGUCUCAGUUCUUCAUCACCUAUGGCAAGCAGCCGCACUUGGACAUGAAAUAUACAGUGUUUGGAAAGGUAAUAGAUGGUCUGGAGACUUUGGAUGAAUUGGAGAAGUUACCAGUAAAUGAGAAGACAUACAGACCCCUUAAUGAUGUACACAUUAAGGACAUAACUAUUCAUGCCAAUCCAUUUGCUCAGUAGCUGUAACAGACCUGGACAGAUACUUGGCAAACACUUAACUGGAACACGCCCAUUGUGGUUUAUCCAGUUCUGAGACUGAUCCUUCUGGUGUUUACAGUAAUGGGCUUUAUGUAGGAGCCCUGCAGCUUCCCUGUCACACCCAUUUUAAGCAUAUUCCAUGUCACUGCUGUUGUUCAAUGUUUACUUUAAAUAGAAAGCAAUGUCUUUUUUUUUUAUUACAUGUGAGUGUCCAUUUUUGGGUGUUGACUCUCAUGUGCAGGCCUUUUUUGGAGCACCCAAAUCACCAUGCUAGUUUAUAUGCUGGAAAUACUAUUUUCCCUUCACUAGUCAUGUUCUGCAGGUAGAACCUAGGCUGUCAUGGCCAGGCAUGGCGACGCUCACCUUGAUCCCAGCACUUCAGAGGCAGAGUCAUGGGGAGCCCUUUGAGUUUGAGGCCAGCCUGGUAUACAAAUUGAGUUCCAGGACAGCCAGGACACAGAGUAACAUCAUCUCAAACAAAACAAGAGUGAAAAAUAGGAAGGAAAAGGAGGUGGGGUGGAGGCAGGUUGGCCUGUUAGAGCAGCACUUGUGAAGCUGAGACAGGAUCAUGGAUUUGAAGCCAGGCUGUGCUUCAAAGCAAAUCCUCACUCAAGAAAACAAAGAACAGGACCUUGUUAAGGUCCAUUUUCUCACUGGGGGAGGUUGGGUGUUGUGUUUUAUUUUGUCUGGUUGGUAGGUGGUUCCGAAGCUUGGUAGGUUCCCCAGGCUGACUUCCUCCUCUCAGGCCUUUGUGUCCCUAAUGCUGUGAUCACAGAUGUGAGCCCUCACAUUUGGUUACCAAUUUUAAAAAUAGUGCCAAUACAUUGACAUCUUGGUUCUUAAGAGCUUAUUCUGCUGGGGUGGAUGGUUUCACACAUCUGUAGGCCCAGCAUUCCAGAAACAGUGUGUCAAGGCCACCCUGGUUUAAAUAGAGAAUUCUAGGCUUAUUCUACUACGCUUAACCUGAUGGGAUGUGUAUGGGAGAGCUGGUGGGCCAACCAACUCAGCUGUCACCCAGGCCCAGAGCCAAGGCUUUGAGUUGGCUCACCCCAACACCUAUCCCACUGUGAAGUGCUGGAGCAUGUGAAAGUCCUGCAGUUCCGUGACACAGGGCAACAGCAGGAUAUCUGAGAGGAGUCCCAGUGAGAAUCCACUAGAUAGAGUAGCAGAAACCAGCAGCCUCAAAGGUACUCACAGGGCUCCUCGCCCCCUCACUGGCUCUACUUCCUUUGCCCUUGUGGAACAAAUCAGCCGACUAGCCACAAGGGUAGAGAGACCCAGAACACACAACAGCUUCCAUGACAAGAUGGUUUAUGUUUUGUUUAAUUUUUAAGUUUUGUUUUUUUAUUUUUAUUUUUUGGGGGGGAGGUUGCAAGGGUGGAGGGUGGAUACAAAGAGGAGAUGAGUGCAAUUGUGGUUCAUGGUGUGAGAACCUGUUAGCUUUCCUCAGCCGAUAGCCCAUGGCUCUAGCAUCUUGAAAAUCUUGCAAUCUCCAAGGCAACUUCAAUGUUACAGCUUCUUGUUUCAAUGUCUGGGAUCCACACAUGAUCUUCUGGGCUCCUCCAAAGGGCUUGGGUCGCUUCUCCCGCUCUGCCGUUUGUAGCACUCUAGGCCCUGGUUGAGUUCAUUCCAUUGCUGCUGCUGUUCUUGGUGAUCAUCCCAUGGUACUGGCAUCUCCAAUGCACUGGGGUCUUCUGCUACAACUAGACUUCACCAAAAGCCUCUCAUUGGCUCUCUUCCUGGUGCUCAGCAUCAGCUCCUUUGCACAACCCCUUCAGUCCUGGGCUGUCAACUGCAACUGAGGCUGCACCUUCACCAAUGGCCUUCCGUGGACUCUCACAGGGCCAAGCCUCAGCUGCUCUUCAUGACCCCUUCAUGCCUUCAAAAGCAGUACCACGUGGGUGAUUCUUACACAUUACCAAGUACAGCUGCAGCACAAGGUACAACCUUGGCUAUCUCUGGAACACGGCUUCUUUGUGCUCUCAGAAAACACUUCCCAGAAGAUUUCACCUCAGUGAUGCUGGUCUCUCCUUGUUUUGUUUUGUUUUGUUUUUCGAGACAGGGUUUCUCUGUGUAGCCCUGGCUGUCCUGGAACUCACUCUGUAGACCAGGCUGGCCUUGAACUCAGAAAUCUGCCUGCCAAUGCCUCCCAAGUGCUGGGAUUAAAGGCGUGUGCCACCACUGCCCGGCGCUGGUCUCUUCUUGAUCGUCACUAAUUUCUUAGCUCCAGCUAACCAGCAUCAAUUGUCCCAGGAGUCCCUUCUGUUUUUCACUCUAAAGCCAGAGCCAUUUGGAUGAAGCUUCUGUGUUUUGCUGCUUGCUGGGGAUGGAAUAUGCACCACCACCACCCUUAUUCUAUCACCAGAUUUCUGUUUUCUGACUCCCUCUCUACCUAAGCUUGGCUGUCCUGGAACUUGCUCUGAAGAUUGACUUUGAACUCAGAGAUCUGCAUGGCUCUGUCUCCUGUAAUGCUGGGAUUAAAGGCAUGUACCACCAAGGCUGGAUUUAAGCUUUUCUUCAUCUAGAACCUGCUUUGUCCCGGGCUGGACUUGAACUCAGAGAUCGUUUGCCUUAGUCUCCCGGGAUUAAAGGCAUGUACUACCUUGACUGGGCCUAAGCCCUUCAAAGCCAUUAUGCCUUAAGAUCUCCAUGCCAAGAUCCAGGUCAGAGACUUGUAUCUCCCAGCCUCAAGAUCUGGACCACAGGGGAGCACUCCAAAUCUGGGUUGUAGUUCAUUCCAGAUAUGGUCAAGUUGACAACAGGACUAACCAUUAUAAUUUGUUUGUUGGUUUGGUUUGGUUUUUUGUUUUUAGGGGGCUAGAGAAAUGGUUAAAAGCAUUUGCUCUUGCAGAGGAUCUAGGUUUCAUGAGGCUCACAUCCAUCUGUAAAUCCAGUUCCAAGGGAUCUGACCCUCCUUUCUUGCCUCCGUGGGCAACAAGCAUUCAUUGGUGUGCAUGUACAUGUUGAGGUCUGCCAACUCCCCCUGCUUAGCUGUAGCCAUUUUGUUCCAUGCCUGCCAGCUAUUUCAUAUUGCUGCUGUAAUGUGCCUGCCAGUCACUGACACAGAAAAUAACUUGACUCAGAGCAAAGUCAUGCUGAUUACCUAUCUUGUUAUGUUCUGUCUGAGGUGUGUUAAUGUUAAGAAAUUCCACAAAGCUUUAUGUAGGACCCAUCAAAUUAAAAGUCAAUAUGAACUGUUAGGUCUAAAAUGGCUUGAAUCAGAGCUAACCACCGGGCAGCACUUCCUACACCUGGGUAUGAACUCACUGUUUUGUGGGGUUUUUUUCCUUUAUAAGCUGGCCUUGAGAAAUGUUUGUAGUCGUGGCUCAGCCCUCAAAUUCUGAGCUGCAACCCUGAUUGAUUGGUCUUAGGGUGUGCAAUUCAAUAAACCAUCCCUGAUUGAC